CUUCCACCACCUCCAGUGUUCGGAGUCUCUAAGGGCUCGAUAAUGCAGCCCUUAUCCAGUUCUGUUGUGGUGUUCAGUAUCAGUUUGUUGUAUUGUGUUCAAUAUGCCUCAUCAAUCCUAUGCUAUGACUGCAACAGCGCGUAUGACCCUCGUUGCGGGGAAGAAUUUGACUCCUUCAGCCUGGGUAUCAUCAACUGUUCCUUGAGGGACCCACCAGAACAUUUAGAACCAACUUUGGAGCCAACCUUCUGCAGAUCUAUCAAGAUGGAAAUCUACGGCAAGACCCGAGUAGUCCGUCAAUGCGGCUACCUAGCCGAAGACCAGAUCCAGGGUCAGUCCUGUCGGCGCGUCGUCGGCAACGGUGACCUAUUCGUCACAUAUUGCACUUGCAACACCGACCUGUGUAACUCUGGUGUUGCACACAACUACCAACAGAUGGCGUUUGUGAGUGCUGUGCUGUUUUUACUGUUCUGUUACUAGAGUGUUAGAUGGGAAUUAAAUGUUGUUUUGUUUUUU